AUGAACACUCCUCGGUCAGACCAGACCCACUCAGACCUCACAAGCCGAACAGCUUCUGUGGGGUCUACGGGUGAGCGACCGGACUAUCUUGACCUCCCAGUUCGAGAACUCAGCGACGAUGCCGACCUACGAGAAUAUACGACCGAGACACGCACCGGCGAAAUCAUCAAACCUAUCAAGUCCAAUGUCACAGGACGAAUGGAAGACUGGAAGUUGGUGACUUUUACUAUCGACGACCCCGAGAACCCGAAGAACUGGUCAAAACUGUACAAAUGGUACUGUACCAUGGUGGUCGCCUUCACCUGCUUCGUCGUUGCAUUUGGCAGCAGUGUUAUCACUGCCGAUUUAACAGGACCCAUGGCCUCAUUUGGAGUUUCGCGUGAGGUUAGCUUUGUGGUCGUUACGGUCUUUGUUAUUGGAUUUGGUGUUGGACCCAUGGUCUUUGCUCCUAUGUCUGAAUUGGUUGGACGCCGCCCGAUAUACGCCAUUACUUUACUCAUUGCCGUCGUAUUCGUUAUCCCCUGUGCCGUUUCCAAAAACAUUGGUACUUUGAUCGUCUGCCGUUUGAUUGACGGAAUUGCUUUCAGUGCACCGAUGACCUUGGUUGGUGGUACUCUGGCCGAUAUGUGGAAGAAUGAAGAACGAGGUGUCCCAAUGGCAGCAUUCAGUGCCGCUCCUUUCCUUGGCCCUGCUAUCGGUCCUCUUGUUGGUGGAUUUGUUGCCGACAACUGCGGCUGGAGAUGGCUUUACUGGCUACAGCUCAUUCUGUCCUUUAUUGCCUGGGUGCUAAUCUCCUUCACGGUCCCGGAGACAUACGCACCGAUUCUGUUAAAGAGACGUGCGGCAAAGCUGCGCAAGGCCGAGAACGAUGAAAAGUAUACCACCGAAACCGAACUUGAUCCUCGCCCUCUUGGACAGAAGCUGCGCAUCUUCCUCUUCCGUCCCUUCCAGCUACUCUUCCUUGAGCCGAUUGUAUUCUUUAUCGCCAUCUAUAUGUCAGUCCUUUAUGGUCUUCUCUACAUGUUUUUCGUGGCAUACCCCAUUGUCUACCAGGCUGGAAAGGGCUGGAGUGCCUCAAUGACUGGCUUGAUGUUUAUUCCAAUGGCAAUUGGUGUCGUCAUGAGUGCCGCCUGUGCACCUUUCGUCAACAAGAACUACCUCAAGAUCUCUGCACAAUGGGACGGCAAGCCACCAGCGGAAAAGCGUCUGAUUCCCAUGAUGUGGUCCUGCUGGCUCAUUCCUGUUGGCUUGUUCAUCUUCGCUUGGACAUCAUAUCCUACCGUUCAUUGGUUUGGUCCAUGUAUUGCAGGAUGGCCCGUUGGUUUCGGGUUCAUUUUCCUGUACAACUCGGCAAACAAUUAUCUUGUUGAUACCUACCAGCACCAAGCUGCAUCGGCUUUGGCAGCCAAGACCUUCCUCCGAUCUAUGUGGGGCGCCUCCACUGUUCUUUUCACCGAACAGAUGUAUAACCGCUUGGGAUACCAGUGGGCAAGCUCUCUUCUGGCAUUCAUCGCCCUGGCGUGCUGUGCAAUUCCAUACGUCUUUUACUUUAAGGGCGAGGCUAUUCGCAAAUUUUCGAAGUAUGCCUUCAGUGACGACGAGGAGAAGGGCAUCAAGGCUUAA